AUGCGAAGCCCGUCAAACCAAGAUAAUAAUUUCUUACUACCGAGUAACUCAAAUUCUAGUAAUAACUCUACAUCCAGCUCCGCUAGUGACGACUCGGCUACAUCUGCAUCUUCUAAUGACUCUUCUAAUGACCCAGAUGAUAGGUAUAAACCUAUCAUCUAUCCAAAUAAUACAAAUAAUACCAACAAUGUUAACGCAAACUUACAUAACAACAAUUACACAACUCUAACUAAUUUACCCAAUUUUAUUAAACCAUCAAUCUCAACUACUCAAACAAAUAGAGUUUCAGUGAAUGAUGAUACAGUCUAUUCUUCAAGUUCAAGUUCAAGUUCAAGUUCUGAUGAAGAUGAUAAUGAUAAUAGUAGUCCUAAUGGUUCGCCAAUUUUGUUAAAUGACUUCGGGUCUUACCCGGUCGGCUCCGUGUCGUCAUCUUUAACGAGUGGAGGUUCACCAUCGAAUUUUAUCACUAAAUCAAAAUUGACUAGUAUAUUAUCUACAUCGUUAUCAUCUUCAUCAAAGACUAAUUCAUUAUCAUCAUCUUCAAAUGGUUCUCCUCAUUCAUCAAAGAAUACGAAAAAAUUACCUCUUUUUUUAAAGAAACAUCCAAAUGAUCCAUCUUCUAAUGAAGGUGUUAAUGUGGAUUCAAUGAUUAAAAAAUUAAUUCUUUUGAAUACAGGUGGUAGUAAUAAUGGCCCUGGUAAUAAUGGUCCCAAUAAUAUUUCUGUUCCGAAAUCUAAGAGGGAUAAAUUUCCAUUUCAUGCAUGGGAGAUUCAAUUAAUUUGUGCAGCUGUAAGAGAAAUUUUUUUACAUCAACCAACUUUAUUGAGAUUACAGGCACCAAUUAAAAUUGUUGGUGAUCUUCAUGGCCAAUUUAAUGAUUUAUUAAGAAUUUUGAAGAUGAGUGGUAUCCCAUCUGAGACCAACUAUUUAUUCUUAGGAGAUUAUAUUGAUCGUGGUAAACAAUCUCUUGAAACCAUUUUACUUUUACUUUGUUAUAAACUGAAAUAUCCAAAUAAUUUCUUUAUGUUAAGAGGUAAUCAUGAAUCUGCAAAUGUUACAAAGAUGUAUGGUUUCUAUGAUGAAUGUAAACGUAGAAAAUCAACUAAAGUUUGGAAAGCAUUCAUCGAUGUGUUCAAUUGUUUACCAAUUGCUGCUACAAUUAAUGAUAAAAUCUUUUGUGUCCAUGGUGGUAUCUCUCCUGAUUUGAAAAAUUUAAAUCAAAUUAAUAAAAAUAUUGCCAGACCAACUGAUAUCCCAGAUAAUGGAUUAAUUACUGAUUUGCUAUGGUCUGAUCCCGAUUCUUCUGUUAGAGAUUGGUCUUCAAAUGAUAGAGGUGUUUCUUACACUUUCUCUAAAUCAAAUGUAUUAGAUUUUUGUUCAAAAUUUAAAUUCGAUUUGAUUAUUAGAGGUCAUAUGGUUGUAGAAGAUGGUUAUGAAUUUUUCGCUAAGAAAAAACUAGUCACUGUCUUCAGUGCACCAAAUUAUUGUGGACAAUUUCAAAAUUGGGGUGCCGUUUUGGCAAUCAAUACAGGUUUAAUGUGUAGUUUUGAAUUAUUAAAACCUCAUCUUAUAUCUAAGAAAAAAUAUUAG